GAGGAAAAUAAAAAGAAGGGAAAAAAGGAAAGGAAAAGAAAAUGGCAACUGUCUGCCUCUCAAAUCCUAUAUCCUUUUUUCCAUCUUCAUCUUCUUCAUUUUCCACUUCAAUUAUCCCAAAAAUUACAACUAGAAAACAAAUAAUUGUGUGCAAAGCAGAGAAUAAUGUAUCUAAUUUUAGUUCAAUUAUUAGCAAGAGAAGGCUAUCAAUUAGCCUUGCAUCAAGUUUGUUGCUUUCUUUAACUGGAAAUGGAUUUUUUAAUGCAAAUGCUGCAAUUUUAGAAGCUGAUGAGGAUGAUGAGUUGAUGGAAAAAGUGAAACAAGACAGAAAGAAAAGGCUUGAAAGACAGGGCAUUAUCAGUUCCUCCUCAAAGGAGAAAGGAUACUUGCAAGAUUUGGUAUACAAGCUCAGUAAAGUAGGUCAAGCCAUAGAGAACAAUGAUCUAUCUGCUGCAAGUUCAGUUCUUGGGCAAAAUACUGAUGCAGAUUGGGUCCAGAAAGUUAAUUCAGCAUUCAACAAGUUUAGUGGUAGCGAUGAGGAGAAGACAGAAGUCGAUUCCUUCAAUUCUUCGCUAUCUUCUCUAGUUUCAUCAGUUACUAAGAAUGACAUUGAAGGAUCAAAAAUAGCUUUCGUGGCAUCAGCCAGUGCAUUUGAGAAAUGGUCAACAUUAACAGGGUUGAUUGAAGAGCUAAAAGGGCUUUAAAGCAAAAGAAAAAAAAUUGCAUUUCAUCUUUGACUUUCUUUUACUGUUAAACCACAAAGUAAUACAUUUUUUGCACUGUUUUUCCCCCCUAUCAAAUGAAUCAUUAGAGUAAUACAAAAUGUAAUUUGAGUUCCAGUUGUAGCAGAGCUACAAUCUCUGAGCAAAAUGACAUUUAUGUUGUCAGGUUUACUUCCUUUC